AGAAGACUGCAAACUCACACUAUCCAAUCCAAGAACUAAAACCUAAAAAACCAUCUCCUAUACUUACCCGCACACACCAAACCUUCAUUUUAUCGCCAAGAAUGGCCUCAACCCCCGUUCUCCGAUCAAUCAUGACCGUCCGAUCAAUCUCCCCCACCCUUUUAUCCAUCCCCAAGCGCCUCUUUUCCACCUCCCCACCUCUCCCAGGCUUCACGCGCCCGGCGCGUGCAACUUUCACUCUGGCCCACAAGCUCCACGCGCCGACCCCACUUCGCCAUAGCUUCAUUAGGUGCAGGGUUAACCGUUCCGGCGGCGCGUACUCGCCGUUGAACUCGGGAAGUGGGGGGUAUAGUGAUAGACCACCUACGGAGAUGGCGCCGUUGUUUCCGGGCUGUGAUUAUGAGCAUUGGUUGAUUGUGAUGGAUAAGCCCGGCGGAGAAGGGGCUACUAAGGAUCAGAUGAUUAAAUGUUAUAUUGAAACCCUUGCAAAAGUGCUUGGAAGUGAAGAGGAGGCAAAGAAGAAGAUUUACAAUGUUUCUUGUGAAAGAUAUUUUGGGUUUGGAUGUGAGAUUGAUGAGGAGACAUCCAAUAAGCUUGAAGGUCUGCCUGGUGUUCUCUUUGUGCUUCCUGAUUCCUAUGUCGAUGCUGAGAACAAGGACUAUGGAGCUGAGCUUCUAGUAAAUGGUGAGAUUGUCAAAAGGUCUCCUGAGAGAGAACGCAGAGUGCAGCCAGUACCUCAAAGAGCUCAGGACAGACCAAGAUAUAAUGAUCGCACCCGCUAUAAUAACAGACGUCAAAACACACGAUAAAAAGUGGUGAAACUGUUGAUAGCAGCAGCGCACUUGAAAAAAGGCUUAGCUGUUCACUUGUAACUAUAUGUCAUGUCGAUGAAAUGUUUUGUGAUAAUAAAUUGGAGGAACUUAAUAUUAGUUAAUUUGAAUUUUGAUCACGGUGACUAAGGCACAUAAUGUUAUCUAUAUAUAAUGACGUAAUGGUAUCCUGGUUUAAUGCUUUCCUGGUUUUGCCAGGCUUUUGUUAA